AGUUCUCUGUCUGGACAGUACUGAUUGGCCCUGUGCUGAUCACAUGCACUCUCCUAAGAAAAAAAAAAACCUCUCUAGCAAUACACAUGCAAAUGUGCAGAAUGGCUACAGGUUCAGUCUGUCUUAUCAGGAGAAGAGGAGGGGAAGAGAAGACAGGAUCGAGCGGCUCUUUUACACCAUGCAGAGGAUUAAGCCCUUAGAUUCCACAGUGAGUAUAACAAGCAUGCUUUACUGCAUAUACAGACAGAUUUUACUGUUGUGAGUUUAG